AUGGCAUCUAGAGUAGGCCCCCGGAGCGCCUCGGACGCAACGCGCUUCACCUCAACCACCCCGCACGCCGCAUCCAAGAGCUCUCCCACAUCAGCAGCAGCAACGACAGGUGCAUCGACGACAGGGACGACAACGACGACAGCAUCAUCAACACCGGCGUCAACGUCACCACAGCCUUCCAAGAUCCCCGGCCGGCAACCGGGCGAGAGCCCCGAAGACCGCGUCCGCCGCCUCCGCGCAGCCCACGAGGCGGCGCGCAAGGCCCAGACCUCGAGCGUCGACCACGUUAUUGGCGGCAGCCGUCGCUUCUUUGAUGUCGCGCACAAGUUCACCGUCCUCGGACUGGUCGGGUUCACGGCAAUCGCAGGCCUCGUCUCCGUCUACUCCGUCUACGACAUGGUAACCUACAACAAGCAACGCCGCACCGACUUCAUCGAAGCCCAGCGCCAAAUGGAAGACGACGCCCUCGCCACGGCCCGCCUCGCCUUCAUCAAGGGCACCGCCACCGACAACGAAAUCACCCUCGUCGAGGAGGCAAACGCCCUCGCCCGCGAGACGGGCGUCAAGCUUCCCCCCUUGCUCUCCGCCCCGACUCACACCACGGGAGCCGAGAAGAUUUUCGGUACGGGCCAGCAAAGGACGGCGGCCGAUGCCUCGACGACUGCGACCGCAAUCACCCCCGCAUUCCCUACGACGUCUGAAGCAGCCCCCGCCCCGAAACAAAAGAGCAGCGGCAGCAGCUGGUGGCCCUUUGGCGGCAGCAGCAAAUCCGAUGCCGCAGAGACCAGCUGGAGCGAGGAGGACGAGUCCUCUGGCGUCCGCGCCACGGACCUCGCGCGCGCCGUCGAGGACAGGAAAGAGUUCCUCCAGGACAAGGCCAAGGCCGCCUUUGAGCGCGAGAGGGAGAACCAGCGCCGAGGCGGCCCGCUGGACCAGGUCGGUCUGCCGCAGGAGAAGAAGGCCGAGAAGAAGGGGUGGUGGUAG